ACAAUCUAUUAGCUCUCUCAUCAAAGUAGCUUCCUUAGCUUUGAAAAUGUAUGAGAGUUAUAAUUCGUCCAACUCAUCUUCUAACUCUUCCAAUUCCUCUGCCAACUCAAAUCAAAAUUCCGAUGAUGACUACAAACGACUUUAUGAGAGACGGAGGCAAGCAAAUCGUCUUGUUGAUCGAAUGAUGGAUGAAUUCAUAAUGACCAAUCCAGUUGAAUUCUUUCAAAUGGUUAAUCAAGUUCCAAGGGCACCAAGGACGCUGGUCGAAAGGGAUCGUGAAGACGGACACAACCGUUUAUGGAAUGACUAUUUUGCUGAUCCUCCAGUGUUCCCUCCAAACUUGUUCCGUCGGAGAUUUCACAUGAGAAAGCACGUCUUUCUCCGUAUUGUGCAUACUUUAGAAGAACGUCAUCGGUUCUUUCAACAACGGCAAGAUGCUACUGGUAGAUUUGGAGCAUUAGCAUUGCAGAAAUGCACCGCGACUUUAAGAUUACUUGCAUAUGGAACUGCUGCUGAUUCCGUUGACGACUACUUACGGAUUAGUGCAUCUCUUGCGCGAGACUCCUUACAACAUUUUGUUGAAGGAGAUGUCUCUUAUUUUAGUGACGACUAUCUGAGAAGACCUAAUGAAGAGGAUAUGGCCAAACUCCUACGAGAUGGAGAACGUCGAGGCUUUCCAGGGAUGAUGGGAUCCAUUGAUUGUAUGCAUUGGCGAUGAAAGAAUUGUCCUUUAAGAUUGAAGGGCAUGUUUUCCGGGAGAGCUAAUAAGCCCACUUUAAUUUUAGAAGCUGUGGCAUCACAAGACCUUUGGAUCUGGCAUGCUUUUUUCGGGACUCCAGGUAGGUGUAGUGAUAUAAAUGUUCUUGACAGGUCUCCAUUAUUUAAUGAUAUAUUCGAAGGUCGUGCACCUUCGGUUAACUAUAUCGUUAAUGGCCACCAAUACAAUAUGAGAUAUUAUCUCACUGAUGGUAUAUAUCCUACAUGGGCGGCAUUCAUUCCCACAAUAUCCCUCCCCCAAAAUGAAAAAGAGGGUCUUUUCGCCAAAAAGCAAGAACGUCAGCGAAAGGAUGUCGAACGUGCAUUUGGAGUACUACAAGCUCGUUUUGCCAUUGUGCGGCAUCCUGCUCUGGCUCGUGAUGUAUCAAUGCUUGGAAAAAUUAUGAUAGCUUGCAUCAUCUUACACAACAUGAUCGUCGAGGAUGAGCGAGAUACAUACGCAAGAUAUUAUGAUCCAAGGUAUGAUGAUCCAAAUGAAUAUGAGCAAGCUGAACCCCCGUCUUCAAGUAGAAGAAACUCUCAAGGACCAUUUCAAUUUAGCAACAGUAGUAACCGACCAGCUAAUUUGGAGACUUACAUGGCUAAUAGAGCUCGAGUUCGUGAUGAAGUUACCCAUAGAGCCUUGAAGUCAGAUUUAGUGGAACAUUUAUGGCUUAGAUAUGGGGAGUCUUAUAAUAGGCAGUAAUGAUGUAUUAUUAGGCCUUUAAGAGUAUUUUAUUUAAGUAAUUAUGCUUGGUGUAUGUUUUAGCUAAUGCUAAAUAAUGUGUUCUAAUCAUGCAUGUGUGUAUCGUACUAUCGUGUAUUAUUAUUACUUAACGAGCUUUUAAAUUAAGUGUCCAUGUAUUUUACAUUUGCGCUUCAAUAAUACAUCAUUGAUUACAAUUAUUGUAUAAUUAUAUUUAUCAUUAAGC